AUGCGUUCGGUCAAGGACCUUCGUGUUAACGGUUCAAUGGGUUGUUGCAAUCGGGAAUGCUUCGCAGCCGAUCUGGCAGCACUCUGUCCGGACGAAAAAUUGCGCCACAAAUAUUUCCAAAUGAUUAUCAAUAAGCAGAAACUGGACGAAAUCAUUGGAACAUAUUCCAGACGCAGUGGGAUGGACAAACUUCGACGUGCACUGGUGCCAAUCAAUUCAGAAACAGUGUCAAGUGAAAAAGUUGCGUCAGAGAGAACGAGCAGUACCAGAAACGGGCUGAAGGAGAUGAUAGACCUUAAAAUAAUGGUACUUGAGAAAGGACCACUGGAAACGAUCUGUCGCCGUCGUAUCAAUCAUGAAGUCGGCUCCACCGAAUCAGUGGGCGAUACACUGCAGUGGCUUGUUGGCAAUCGGCAGAGCCUUAGCAAAUCACGUGUUUUCUUCAACCGUGGCAAUGAUUACAAAACAUCGGAGUUGCUGGAAAUCAAUAUGGAUCGUUUUGGUAAUAAAAAAAUCCGUUAUUUUCCGACAACAACCGGGACGUUGAGUUUUGUGGUUGAUUUUGCAAAUCUCAUUAAUGGAAGCGAAAAUUCUCCAUUUAUGUGA